AUGUUGUCCAACCCUACGCCCACCGUCCUUACCCAGCUUCCGUUAAACGAGGACGCCCGUCCACGCUACAGCAAGAUCGAGUUGCGCGACUACUUUGAGUGCAUCAAGCUCCCUCAGAAAUACCUAGACUCGAUUGUACUCAAAGACGCUACAGAGGCUAGAACCAAAGAGCAUGGGCUGCCCCUGCUGGAGGCCUUGACACGGUACCACGCAUGCAAUGUCCCUUUCGACAAUCUCGUGCUGCACUAUUCCACACACAAAAUUGUCACGCUUGACCUGGAGGAGCUCUACACGAAGAUCGUUCGCCGGCGUCUCGGUGGACGCUGUAUGGAGAACAACACCUUUUUCGGGACCGUCCUUCGCUCGCUCGGUUAUGAAGUGCGCAACUGCGGAGGCCGUGUAGCGCGUGCAAUGAGCCCUUACCCAGACGUCCGACGCAAUCAGAGCACGACUUAUGAUGGGUGGAACCACAUGCUCAAUCUUGUGCGACUGGACGAUGAGUGGUACGUUGUGGAUGUAGGGAUGGGCUCUAUGGGCCCCAACCUUCCAUAUCCGCUGCGUGACGGAUUUGAGACAACCAGCAUCGCCCCCCGCCAGAUUCGCGUGCAGUUACGGUCUAUAGCUGAGUCGUAUGCAACUAAGUCCGGCAACAGCGCAGGGCCUCCGAAAUUGUGGUGCUUUGAUGUCUGCUACAACCCAGCUGAUGAUACCAAGAAAGACUGGGUGCCGGUCUAUUGCUUCACGGAAACGGAGUUUUUGCCUCAGGACUAUGAAGUAAUGUCCUGGUUCACGUCAACAAACCCGAGAUCCUUCUUCACUAGAUAUGUUACUUGCACGAAAAUGCUCAUGGACAAGGACAGGGAGGUGAUUAUAGGGAAUAUCACCCUGUUCAAGGGCACCGUGAGAGAGACCAUUGGCGCCAAUCGCAAGGUGAUCAAGGAGUGUAAGACGGAAGAUGAGCGUUUGCAAGCCCUGGCUGAAAUCUUCAAUGUGUAUCUGACAGACGAGGAGAAGAAGGCGAUUCCAGACGAUCGGGUAUUAGCAUAA